AUGCAAGAUCAUUUUUUUAAUGGAAAAUUUAACAUUUUUAAUGGAACUCUUUUUGGCAAUCUGUGCAAAAUAAAUGCGAAUCAAUAUAAAGGAAAAGAUUCAGAAUCUGUAGAAUUAAAAGAUGAUAUCCAUCUUAGAAGUAGAAAUGAUAAAAACAAAAGUACACAAAACUUGGCACUGGAAGAAACUGACUCAAAUAUAUUAAGUUAUGGUAAUGCAGAAAAAAUAAAAAAAAAUUUAAAUUCGCAACUCAUUUAUUCGUAUUACAACAAUUUUGCAACAAACAAAUAUAUCGAAUAUGGCCCAGAUCAAAAGGGUGUAAAAAAUAUGCACACGUAUAGACACAAUGAUAGUGAAUAUGGCAAGAGUGAAUAUGGCAAGAGUGGAUAUGGAAAGAAUGGCUACGGCACGAAUGAAUGUGGCAAGAAUACACAUUUAAGGAACGUAGACAGAAUUAACAACUAUAAUUUAAAUUUAAAUAAUAAAGCAAUAAAUAAGCAAUCGAAUUAUGAACAUAUAAAAAAUAAUAAUAAAAAUGAAUCAUUAUUUUUUAAAGAAGAUAAUACAAUUUAUAAUGAAUUUAAAAAUCUAAAAAAUGAUAUAUUAGAAUUACAAAUUAUGAAUGUAAAUUUACAGAAACAAUUUUUAACUAGCCAUAUUUUAAAUAAUUCAAAUGCAAUACCACAACAUAUAAUAAUAAAUAAUAAAACUGAAGUAGCUUCAAAUUCUCUUACUCAACUUGAAAAUAACAAUAAUAAUAAUAAUAAUAAUAACAAAAAAAAAAAAGGUCUUAUUUAUUUUUUAUUAAAAAAAAUACUAAGCAGUAAAAUAAAUCAAAUGCUUAUUGUAUCAUCUUUUUUUAUUUCAAUUUAUAUUGCUCACAAACAUUGGCAACGUGCACUAAAAAUAGCGGAAAUCCAAUCUAAAGUAAAUUCUAAUUUUAUUUUAAAAACUGUCAAAACGAUAGAGGAGAUGGUAGGAAUUCGAAAUCGGUAG